AGACAAAGGCCUUCGAAUUCCCUUCUCUCAAACGCCCUAAUAGUCUCUUCAUAAAAUCGCACAUUUGCUCGUUCUUUGUGCAUAUCAACAGAUUUCGGUAAAAAUUUAGUGAUUUUUCUCCUUUUAUGGUGAUUAUUAUUGAAACUGCAGAAAGUUCAUGUUUUACCGUUAUUCAAUAACCUUGUGUUUUAUUUGAUUUUCGAUUUGUAAGUUUGCUUGUUGAUCUGUUUGUAUUAUGUGUAUAUAGCUUGUGCUAUUUACUCUUUGUAUUAAGCAACUGUCAGCUCAUCCAGAUAGGAUAAGGCGUGUUUGUUAGCUUUCUCGUAUUGAUUGAAGCGCAGAACUUUGAUUUGUUACUUGAAAUGGUGGUUGUGCUUUCUAAACGAAUAAAUAAAUUAGGUCAAGUUUUUCGAGUUGUUGGACAGCUAAAGGAUCACUUUUGGUCAAGUAGUUGGCUACAUUCAGUUUCAGAAACAAAAGAUGACAUUGAAACAAUUGCUAGAAUCAUCAAUGACCACCCUUUUCCUGUUCAGCCAUUGCAACCAACACUUAAACUUCAUAUCUCUCCGAGUGUUUUGUCUGCCACGUUUGUUGAAAAUGUCCUCGGUCGCCUAUUUGCAGCACAUGCCAAUGGACUUAAAGCGUAUGAAUUUUUUGAGUUCUGCCUCCGCCACACUGAAUAUAGUCCAACCUCAGAUGCAUUUGAGAAGACACUUCACAUACUAGCAAGAAUGCGUUAUUUUGAUAAAGUUUGGGAACUAAUGAAGAAAAUUCAACAGCUACACCCGUCCUUGCUCACUCUUAAGUCAUUGAGCAUCGUGCUGUCAAGAAUAGCAAAACAUCAAUCCUAUGAAGAUGCCCUUGAAGCAUUUGAUAAGAUGGAGAAGCAUUUAUUCCCCGCAAAGAAAUUUGGCACCGAAGAGUUCAAUAUUCUUCUUCGAGCAUUUUGCACGCAGAGGCAGAUGAAAGAAGCUCGUUCAAUUUUCAACAAACUCCACUCAAGGUUUCCACCUGAUACAAAGACAAUGAAUAUUUUGCUUUUGGGAUUCAAGGAAUCAGGGGAUAUUACUGCAGUAGAGUUAUUUUACCAUGAGAUGGUUAAAAGAGGGUUUAAGCCUAAUAAUGUAACGUACGGUAUAAGAAUCGACGCUUACUGCAAAAAAGGUCAUCUUGGUGAUGCUUUGAAACUAUUUGAAGAAAUGGAGAGAGUAAAUUGCUUGCCCACAGUACAAACGAUAACAACUUUGAUUCAUGGAGCAGGAAUUGCUCGUAAUAUAACUAAAGCAAAAGAACUUUUCAAUGAAAUUUUCAAGAGAAAUUUGCAACCAGAUACUGGGGCCUAUAAUGCCCUUCUGAGUUCUCUUAUCAAAUCCAGGGAUGUUAAAUCUGCAGCAGUCUUAAUGGAUGAGAUGGAGGAGAAAAAUAUUGAGCUUGACCAUUUAACUUACCACACUAUGUUCUGGGGAUUGAUAAGAUCAAAAGAUGUUGGUGGUGUCAUUGAUCUUUAUGAAAAGAUGAUCGACGAAAAUUUCUUGCCCAAGGCACGUACUGUUGUGACCCUGAUGAAAUUCUUCUGUGAGAACCGCAGACUUGAUCUGGGCUUGAGUUUAUGGAAUUACCUGAUGGAUAAAGGGCACUGUCCACACUGCCAUUCUCUGGAAAUUUUGGUCACCGGAUUGUGUUCCCGUGGGAGAGUUGAAGAAGCAUUUGAGUGCUCUGAGGAAAUGUUGAAGAGGGGUAGGCACAUGAGUGAGCUAGUGUUUCAGAUGCUGAAGAGGUCUCUCUUACUGCUAGGGGAGGAGGAAAAGUUACAUAAGCUGUACGAAAUGACAAAGAGGUUAGAAAUGAUAUUGCCUCCUUAUGGACAAACAAUUGGGCACAGCCUAGGUGCAGAUCUAGAAGUAAGGAGUUUUUCCUAGAAAAGAGGUGAUCGCACUUCUUACAGCCACUGCAGUGCUACAUAGGAUGCAUAUAACUGUUAGAAAGUAAAAUUUUGGCGGUGCCGUCUAAAACUAAAAGUACAACCCCUGAAAGUUGGCUAGUUGUCAUGGAAGGAGUAUUGAUUGCAGUGCUACAUGAGAUGCAUAUCGCUGUAGAAAGCAACAUUUUGGCAGUGCCGCCUAGUAGCACAACCUGUGGAAGUUGGCUAAUUGUCAUGGAAGGAAUAUUGGCUUUUUAUGUACGUGCCAAGCACGCUAAGGUCCCAUCACAGGCAACUGGGAGGGAUCUAAGACUAAAGGGCGCUGCUGAGGUGGUUUUUGCCAGAAGAAGUGAUGCAUUCCAAGCACUUAAAAGAUAUAACAAUGUGAAGUUGGAUGGAGAGCCUAUGAAGAUUGAAAUAGCUGGUUCCAACCCAGAAGUUCCUUUGUCAGCUCGUGUAAAUAUAGUUGGACUGUUGGAGGAGCGAAUCAGAGGACUGUUGUCAUAGCGUAUGUCAAUCAAUUAACCAUCUCUUUCUUUGACUGAGAAUUUUGUUUGUUUCAUCUGUGUAUGUUCGAAUGCUCACUGUGCUCUUAUAUACUUUCUGUAUGCUUUUUGUCUUGACCAAGUCACAUGCAGUGGAUGUAUUAUGGUCGGAAUUGUGCCUAAUAGAUUCUAGAGUCUGCUCCAGUUGAAUUGCUCUAUUUCAGGCUAGAGUUCUGAAGAUGGAUUGGCAUCUAUUUCAAUCUCUGUUUUCCUUUGUUGAUAGCUCUGGGAAGUUAUUUGUUUGCUUGUUUAGAUUUUGUUUGCUUGUUUAGGCGUUCUAUGCUUGAAGCUCUAAUUUCCCGAUAUAGGCUGUCUUGUAUUUUUGUUACCAAAUGUUUUGUGAAAUGUUUAUUCUUUCUGUUACCAAAUGUACGCCGAGUGGCCCAGCUCAUGGAAGAAGCGGUGCUACAUCCGUUACUAGUCUUGGGAUUCUAGGGGUGGCCGUGGUGGUUUUAGAAAUGCACCUGGGCACGGUCGUGGUCGAGGUCAGGUCAAGGUAGCAGUGGUAGGGCAAGCAACAAGGGUGCUAAGAAGUCAGCUGAGGAACUUGACAAGGAGCUGGAUAGCUACCAUGCCAGUGCUGAAGCCAUGCAGACUUAAUGGUGAAACUGCUAAACUUGUGACUUUUAACUAGAAGAGCCGCUCAGGGCUACUUUCUUUUUAGAUCCCAUCACCAACUGAUCUUUUCCAGUUGUAAUACUAGAGAUUCUUAGCCUUUGUGAUUGUAUUGAUGAAGGGAUUGUUUGAUGAACCCUUUUAAUGCCUAUCAAUGAAUGGAAACUAGAGUGGUUUAUGUGUCUGGCCAAUCAGUUUUCCAAAAAGCUUGUGCCUCAUUUAA